UUUACAGCCACGAGCAGCCUGGCGUGGUCGGCGCACGGGGGCUGCGCGGUGUUGGUCGACGACCCUGCCGUCAUCUCUGACGAGGCUCUACCCGGCCAGGCCGCCUCUAGAGGUAACCCCUUCCACUACCCUCGUCACCAUCUGCAACAUGCUCGACACCAGCCCUCCCCGGUGGACCUCCGUCCGCAGAUGUUCCUUGUUUAUGAGAACAUCCGAGAGGGCGCGCUAGUGCCCCCGGGGUCGAGUAGCCCGCCCCGACGCAUGCGUAGGAGUGUGUCGCAUGAGUUACUACCCGCCAGCAUGGGCACUCACCCGCCACACUCACCCUCCACCCCUCUCCCUCCCAGUCACCCCAGUACUACCACCACUACUGCUGACCCCGGUACAACCUCCACUACCAACCCUAGUCUCACUCCCGAACCUCCUGACGAAGAUCAGCCAAUAGCUGUCUCUCCUGCAGUAGCGACCUCCCGCGGCCCUGACUCACACUUCCCCACCACUCCGGAUUCUGACACUCCCUCCCCAACACACACUCCCUCCCCAACACACGUCAACUCCGAUCCCCAGUCUUCAUCCCCAGUCACUCAGUCUCCCCCACCUCCGGCCCAGACACAUUCCACCACCACUCAAAACACUGAAAGUCACCAGUCAGAAAACACGAACAGUCCGUCUCGUUCCCAGGGCGUUACAUCUGGCCCCAGUUCACCUGGCUCGGUGGGGCAUGACACCGUUGAUAUCAUCUCUGUAAAUGCUGUUCCAGGUGGUUCAAGUCCCACUCCAUUGCAUUUCCCUCACCAACUAGAUCAUUUGGCUUUAGGUCCUUCACACACUCCCUCUAAUGACAAAAAAUUCCAACGAGAAUCCUCGCUAAAGUUUGUGGAACGCCAACUAGACUCAAGUUGGGGAUUUGUUAAGGUGAACGUCGCCUCGCAUGUUCGGGUGUCGGAGGACGUCAGCGGUGAAGAGAGGCCGGCUGGAGUAAAAGGCAGUGAGCAAUUUAAGAUGCCUGAAAAGUGGGCAGACCUCAGCGUGGCUGGCGAUGACACGUCCACUGACAGGCACGGCAAAAUCUUGCAUGAGAUAUCAGACGCAGCGGACGAUGUUUUCGACCCAAUAAUUGAUGUUGUUGAAUAUUCUGAUGGCGAGGCUGGAAGUGAGUUGCCCGAGAGCGAUGGUGUCGACAGUGCGGGUGAUGGUGUAGAGGUGGAUGAAGCAUAUGAUAAUCCCAACACUGUGAUCGCUUAUGACGGUGGGGAUAACUACAGCCCGUCUGCUGACGUCGGUAGCGAGGAGGAAGCUGAAGAGGUCGAGUCUGCAGUAGACUAUGAGUAUGGCCAUAACCCUGAGACUGACGAUGCCAGACAUAUCGAGUACGAGCAGGACAUCGAGUCUCUAGGGUCAUCCCCCACACAUUACCCUCAAGCAUACGAGGCCAUUCCUGGCGACCUAUUUGUGGGUAACAUGAGUAAUAACACCCGGCGUAAGCGUCUCCUGUCUCCCCAUGCCAACGUGGCCCCUGACGACUUGUUAGGUGGCGACCCGUCAACAUACUCGGCUAAGGUAAUGGGUGGCUUUCUUGCUCCUCCAAACACUGAUAAUGACAAGGUGAAGCCAAAGCGUCGCAAUAUACCCCUUAGAUCAUGGAUGGCAUCAUUCCCCACACUAGAGACGUACACGGCUCACGAGCCCAGCUCGCAAUCGCCCGGAGAGGAUAAGGCACACUCGGCAGACUCAAAGGAGUUGGGGAACACUAUCGUGCCUGGCGCUACGUGGUUCACCAGGCCGGCAGAGUCAGGAGCUCAUGAUACUAAGAAAACUAUUUUAUUGCAGACCAGCAAGGUUAAUACACACAGAGUCAGUUCAACGGUCGACACUUGGUUCUCAAGGUAUGGGUUAGAAAAUAUACAAAGUGCAGAAGAAUCUGGCGGUCCUGGAGAAGAAGGUUCACCAUCAGUAAGGAGACUCAUUGACGAUGACCCGGACCUCAUUGAGUCGUCAGAAGAUGCGUCAGGAAGACUUACAAGACGGUCAGCGGCAGAUGGUUAUAGUGACGGAAGCUCUUCUUUUGAUCCAAAUGACCCACAGGGAGGUCCUAUUCCCCAGUCAGACCCUAGCAGUUUUCCUUCCAAGAUCUUGGAGUCAAUGGGGGUGCCACACAUCCAGGACCAGACCAAGUCUCCAGAAUACGUCUAUGAAGAUGACGACGAGGAGACCGACUCUUACAAAGGCUCCAAAAUGGCAAUAGAUGUGUUUCCACAUAUUUUUGAGUACGACCUCAAUGAUCACGACGAAUAUUACUAUGACGACGACACAAACUACUUUUAUGUCGACGAUUAUACCGAAAAAAUUCGUCGCGCGAAGAAAAAGAAAGCUGUCUUUGAAGAUGUACCUGACGAUGAUGAGUCGGACGACGUGAUUCUCAACGCGGAAGAUGACAUAGGUGAGGUCAAGGCGGGUUAUCGAGACCCUAAGACUAUCGUGACGCUCAACUCUAUGCCAGAGCGCCUGCAGGCUCAGCCUACUACCAGUGUCCCCAUCAGUGCCACUCAGUACCCGCCGGGGCUGAGGGCAAUGUCCCUCACGAAGGAGGAGUUCCACAUCGCAGUCCCUGAACCUCAGUUGAAGAUGCUUCCCGAGGGAGAUGCUGAGGUAGUGGAGAUAGAGGUUGUACCACUCUACUCAAGGCCAGGCUCUGUUUCUUUUGAAACUGGGCCGAAUUACUCGCCUACCAGUAGCAAGCAAGGAAGAAGGGAAGACACAACCACUGAGAGAGUUGUAGAAACCACCACCAGUGUGCCGUCAACUCGGGCCCCAGUUCCUUCCCCUGCUACUACCACAAAGCUGCCGCCCACUCCCAUACCUUCCCCAUUCUUUGCUUCGUCACAAGUACCACCUAAAGCCUCUGUUCCUCUUCAAGCUGCCAAGUUCCUGCCUACACGACCUCCAUUGCAAGAGUCUUCGAUCUUCAGUACACUUCAACCACCCCGCUCUUCAGAUCUUUCUCAUCGGAAUGACCCGAACAGAAAGAUUCCCAAAUUUCUCAUGCACAAAACGGAACAAAAUCCAUCAAAGACGACAGAGGAGCCAAGUGACCCCGAGGUGGACCCAAGCGACCCCGUAUUGACAGAGUUCUGGCCGCCCUCGCAGCAGGCAGCGUCUGGCCCACCGAUUGAUCCCCGACACCAUAAUAAUGUAAACCAGACCGUGAGUUGGACGACGUCCCUACACGAGGAAGCAUCGUCGGCAACUGGAUGGAGUUCUCAGGCAAAGGCGAGUGAGCAGAUCAGCACAGACGGAGAAUGGGAAGCUGUUGUCGAGAAAUCCGAUAAUCCCAUAUAUCCUGCUCAGGAGCAGUCUAGGGAGCCCAAGACUUCCGUAGAGCACAGUUCCAGAGGGAAGGAUGCGAGCUCUCAGGAGGACGCCAUGUUGAUCCAUCGUGCAAACAGGUCACCUCAGGUGUCCGACCAAAGACACCUGCCUCAGACAAACUCGAGACACUCGAAGCGAGUAACUGUCAACGUUACUAUUGAGACAGAGGACGGAUCUCAGACGUCUAGCGGAAGCAGUACGCCCAAGAAACCCUUGUACGUCCUGUCAGUCUCGGUGCCAACCUCGGGUAAAGACCAAGAGGCAGACAUCACACUGGUCGAGCCAGACGAACAGCAACAAAUUGCUUCUUUAUCCCUCACCAUUCUCGGUAACAGGACGCUCGAGAUCAACAAGCAGAAUGAUAAUCCCAUGGAACGUAUUCAGUCAAUAGGCUCAGACCAGCUUCCUCCUGUGGGCGUCGCCGGCUUGCUGGCUUCCAACCCUAACGAGGCCAACCGGUGCCACUGCCCCUGCCCUUGUAACAGUAACAACACUAACUCACACACUAACUCCAUUCCCAUUCCUCCUAAUUUCCUCCCAGAUACGUUAGACAGUCCAGGUGGUGAGGGCAGUGAUGCGGGCUCUCCCUCCUCUCCCGACCCUGAUUCACCAACCCUAGUCCCUAAAGGCUGUGUACUAGAGGCCUCUCCUCCCUCCACCACCCCCGCUCCUCCACUGCCGUCACGGCUGGUGGAUGAACUGGAAGACCACAAGAACCGGCCGCAGAAGACGAUACCUCCUGACGGAACCACCUUCAAGAUGAUGGAGCUGGGAGAGCAGCUGAUGGACGUCAUCCCUCCCUAUGGUUACUGGAACAUGCAGUUCUAUCAGUCCGAGUCAGCCUACGUCAGGUUCGACGUGGCUAUCCCCCGGGGCUCCUCCAUAGGCGUGUACGGCCGCAGGAACGCCCUGCCAACACACACGUCCUACGACUUCCUGCAGGUGCUCUCUGGGUACAAGACUGGCUCGGGGCGCACCGCCAGAGCCUCUAAGGCGCCGGCACAACCGCAGACGAUGACCAAGUACCUGGAGCAGGGCCAUUGGUUCCUUAGCCUGUACAACGACGACGGAGACCCGCAGGAGGUGACGCUGACGGGCGACGUGUCGUCCGAGUUCACAGAAGGGUGCCCGAGAGGUUGCUCUGGCAACGGUGACUGUAUCCUGGGCUCCUGCCAGUGUCAUCCGGGCUUUGCUGGGCCCGACUGUACCCAAAGUAAGUACCCCGCCAUUUUAUAA